GCGAGUGAGAGGCCGUGAGGAGCGCCGCCAUUUCGUUUCAGCACGGGACGCGUUGUAAAAAUAUAGCGUAUCCGAACAUAGGUAUCGAAUAAAAAUGUUGCAACUUGCAACGUUAGGCAGUUAUCGCUUAAUAGCAGAUGCCGCCAGAUGUUAUAGCUUGUCUAAUGUCGGGUUAAGUUUUGUCUUUCGUCUUGGCUGGAUAGUGCAUAACGCGAGAUAAUAAAUAAUAGGUCGUUAUAACUAAUAAUAACGUUAAAAUAGUGCGGUAACCAUAAAAUUGUUUACAGUUAUUUGUAACAUAACGUUAAAAAUAGUUUAAGUACUGAAUUUGUAACGUUAUAGGUUUGUUAUAAUUCAAAAUAUUUUUAUUCAAUUAGACUUUUACAAAUACUUUUGAAACGUCAAAAGCAUCUACCACUGGUUGGGAAUGCCUAAUGUUACAUGAUUGAACUUGUUGACUCAGUCCAGCAUUGCGCGGCUAGAAAUACUGAAUAGCUUGUAGCUAGCUGUUUUUUUUAUAUUACGUAUUUGAUGACUGUGAUUUGUGAAUAAUUACUAAAUUGUGAAUUCAGUUGAUUAGAUAAAGUGAUAAUUAAAUAGAUUGAAAAUGCCUAAACGUAAUAGUAAUGGACUAAUAUGGGAUUUUUUCGAAAAGUCUGGAGCUGGUGACAAAACCGCAUUUUGCAAUUAUUGUAGUAAAAAGCUGUCUUACCAAACCACAAUAACCAAUCUAAAACAUCAUUUGGAGAGGCAACAUAAGUCGGAAUACAUUAUUUUAUCAAAACUAACACAAGAACUAACAAAGCAAAUUGAAUUUUCCACUACACUUCGAAAUAAAGUUUCGAAGUCUAAACAAAAUGCAAAGAAAGCGUUCAACACCAAUUUGCUGAUUUGGAACUCUUUUGCGAAAUCAUUUGAUGGCAGUAAAACCGUCACUUGCAAUUAUUGCAGUAACACAUUAUCUUAUAUCAAUACAAUAGAUAAUUUAAAAGCACAUUUAAAGAUUAAACACAAGGAAGAAUAUAAUAAGCUUUUAAAUUUAACAAAACAGGAAAAGUCUGCUACUGCUUCUGAAAAGUCAACGUCUGAUGACGAAGGCAAGGAAUUCAAAUUUGAAAGCGAAGAAGUUGGGAAUGUGCCUAGUACGGCAGACGAGGAAAAAGAAGACAAUAUAAGAAAUGAUUCUAAUAGCGAUCUACCCGUAUGGAACUUUUUUGAAAAAUCCAAUAAUGAUGAUUCAACCGCUACUUGUAAUGAUUGUGGUAACUCAGUGUCCUAUGAAACAUCGAUAGCAAAUUUAGAAGAGCACUUGAAAGUAAAGCACAUUUCACAAUAUAAUAAUUAUUUAGAUUUCACAAAGCAGCCUGAACCGCUGUCAAUGCAUAACAAUUCAACAUCUGAUACCGAAAAACAGCGUGAAACUCGCACUGAUGAGCCGAUAUGGAAAUUUUAUACAAGAUCAGACAGUAGUGGAACUGCGUUUUGUAACUAUUGUGAUAUCACCUUGUCUUACACCACUUCAAUAACUAAUUUAGAAGAGCAUUUGAAGGACCAACACGACUCUGAGUAUAAUAGUCUCUUAAAUUUGACAAAACAACUUGAAUCUGAUCCCCCAUUUGAAGAUUUUGCAUAUGAGAUUGAAGAAACUGAAAAUCUGUGCAAUAGUCUUGCAAUGUCAGAAGAGGAAAAGGAAAUCUGGAACUUCUUUGAGUGUCAUAAUGAUAAUAUUGCCGUUUGCAAUUUUUGUAGCCACGAAUUGUCAUACAAUCAUUCGAUAGCUAAUUUGAAAUUACAUUUAAAGAUAAACCACAUAACGGAAUAUAAUAAUUUUUCAAAGGCAUUACAGCUAGAGGCCGCACCUAAAGAUGUACGUGAGAAAUCUGAAAGAAAAGAGAACAGAACAAGUUUCAGUGGAAUAUUAUGGAAUUUUUUUGAAAAGUUAAAACAUGGCAAUAACCUUUCCUCAUGUAAUUAUUGUAGUAAAGAAUUAUCCUACAAUGCUACAAUAGGCAAUUUGAAAAAGCAUUUGAGGCGGAAACACGCUGAGGAAUAUGAAAUUUUUUCAAAUCUGUCGAAUGAGCUCGCGACCAAAACUCCAGAAGGAACUAAAAUGCGUAAUCUCAAUAAUUUACGAAUAUGGCACUAUUUCGAAAAAUCCAAACGUGGCGACAGAAUCGCCAUUUGUAAAUAUUGUAAUAAAAAGUUCUCCUGUAGUACUAUAACUAAUUUGAAGACACACUUGAAACGUAAACACAUUGGGAAAUAUCGAGAAUUUGUUAAGGAAGAACGUCCUACGUCGAUUAAUCGUCGCCGGCUAGUAUCAAUGUCUGAUAGGAGUACCACGCCGGAGUCAGAAAUCGGCAAUGGAGGAUAUCCAGAGACAGACGAGGACGCGGGGGAGGAGCAAGUUCAAGACCCGGAGAUCGAAGAUGUGUGGAACUAUUUCGAGAAGAUUCCGCCCAACAAAGCGCAAUGUAUCCUAUGCAAGGAGACCUUCCAGCGAUACGUCCCAUUCCUCACCAAACACAUGAAAGAAAAGCACCGGAAGGUCGCCUGGGACCACUCAAGCGAUUCGGAUGAAGACCAAAACGUUUAUACAGAAGUAGUUUAUUUAGAAGAAGAAGAACAACCACCAAGCGUUGUAACCAAAUCAAAACAUACAAAACAAGCACCCGUAACAAAGAAACGCAGACUCAGUUCUAGAUAUGAAUUCGUUAACAAACCAAAAGAGGCUGGAAAUACUCCAAAAACGGACGAAAUCGACGAAGAAAUUGAGAAUUUCGGACGUUACGUGAUAGGUUUAUUAAAAAAAAUGCCCAAAGACGUUAGCACGCAAUUACAGAUGGACAUAAUAAGUAUGAUAAUGAAAGCCAAAUUAAAAUUAGAGACCACGACAAAUGAAACUGUCAGCGCCAGUGUAAGCAACGUUACCGACGGAGUUAUCGUUACGCCCAGUAACGUUAUCGUUACAACACCGAGUAACGUUAUUCAUACCACUCAAAAUAACGAAAGCCUUCCAACACUAGUUAUCGGUGUUGAAAAUGAAAGUUAGCUUUUUAGUCGAUAUUCGACUGUGUAAAUAUUUUUGCUAAUAAAUACUAUUUUAA